CGCCGUCAACCCCAGUGUACCAAGUCGACACGAAACACGACGAGUAGCAAUCGUAGUGACCUCCUGGGGGAGUCCAUCAUGUCGUUGCCUACGCCUCGUCGGAGCAAUUUACGCAAGAGCAGCGUGCCGAAGAAGGCGUCGUAUACAUCGAUCCACACAUCGUUCGAGGCGACAGCAAACCGUCGGGCCACGGUGGGGAGCAAGCCUGGGGUCGGAGGCUUCCAUCAAGGCAUUCCCCAUAGUUCGCUGCCAGUGGAACCUCGUGAGGUGGCUCGGACGGAUCGAUGGAGCGACGCUGGCUCUGCGACAGUACACUUUCAAGAGCUGCUGGCACAAAAGGACCGUACGAUCCAAGAGUACACGGUAGCGUGCACAAAGUACAAGCAAGAUUGCGAUAUGUUUUGCGCCAAGGCCAUGGAGUGGAAAAAGAAACACGACGUGGCGGCCAAACAAGUGCUGCAGCUCCAAGCCGACGUGUUCCUCCUGCAGGGCCAACGACGCCAUUCCCCCCAAGCUGUAGCGACCUUCGAAGCCCCAAUAACUCCCGAGAGAUUAUCGGAGGUUUACCCCAGCCCCGUUCAUCGCCCCCCCUCCCCCCGGUCACCCCCGUUGGUCGUCAACGACGACGUAGCCGAGCUAAAGCUUGUCCACGCCCGGGAAGUGGAGACGCUCAAAUCAGAAGUCAGUCGACUGCACGAACUAAGUCGACUGCAUGAGAUGGACACGGUAGCUCUAUCGGAGGUUCGCACGCAGCUUGAGACGUACAAUGCUACUGCCGAGGCCGAGUUCGAACAACUCGAACGAGAAGUGGCGCACUUCAAGGCGCAAAUUUUAGUACUAGGCCAAGACAACGCAGACCAGUUGUUGGAGCUCACGGCCAAGCAUGCCAUCCAUGAUUGCGCUCGCACCGCCCAAGAGAAGCAACGGCAAUGGCAAUGGAAUCAGGACCGACUCGAGCUCAACGACUUGCUCGAAAAGAUGGCCCAUCAACAGCGUCGAUUGGCGCACACCAUGACCUUGUUGGAUGAGUCGAAGGCAGUAUGCAGCGAUUUGAACGCUGAAGUCAAACAGAUUAAGCAGCGCCACGACAAACUCGAACGGUCGCACAAGACGUUGCUGCAACAACAUGUACGCGCGGUGGCCACAUUGCACGAGCGAACGCGACACAUGCAAAAGUUGAUCCAGAAAAACUUGCUAUUGAAACGAGCAACGGGUACAAUGGCACAAGAACAUGCGGCGGCAUCGUCGUUGAAAGUUUCUCGCGGAAUGGAGGCAUCCACGGCCGAAGUGCAAAGUGAUUUUGGCACAAGGCAAUGCCACGACUUGGAAACCGCCGAGCUCAAGAGUGCUCAAUCGACCACGGCUGCUUCCACCCGACAAGUCGAGGAGUCCGAAACAAACAAGUUGCUGAGACGACUGAAAGGACUCCAAGACUCGCUGCUUCGUGGAAAGAUACGGGAACAACACACCCGUGGCCACAUGCGAGAGCUACGUCGACAGUUGCAUGUACUUCGACGCAAUCCGUCCGUACACCGCAACGAGGUCGGACACACGGACGAGACGGGCGCUUUGAUUUGCGAACAAGCAGCGUUGAAGCGACAAUUAGAGCUCUACAGGUGCGCCAUUGCCGUCAUUAUCAAGGGAGUGGCAACCCCCUAAUUAACCAACAGGCAAACUGCAUGUAAAGCACAACACUUGUACUUCGAAGUAUAACAUGGCCACGUCAUCACAU